AUGCUGAAUUUGCAUUUUUGGUGGGUUGUUUUAAAUACGAAUUGGAAGUACUGUAGGCUAAAUUGUACUAGAAUAAGUCGAAAAAUCAUAUGAUCUAACACAUAUGGUUUGCAGGACAAUGACAACAGACAUUCUCAUCGGCAUCUUCAUAAAUCCCUACAUGUUUUUCCCAGUUUUUGUUGGAAUUCCAACAGGAAUUUUUGAGAUGCUCGAAAUUCCCGCCGCAAUUCAAACAUUCUUUGGACAACUGUCGAUUGGUGGAUUGGCGACUUCAAUUUUGAUGUGUUUUGAGAAUCGCCAUAAUACUUUGGUUCGUGGAAGAUUGAAAAUCGAGAAAAAUUGGAUGAGAUAUUGUUUUUAUGGUGCAAAUGGGAUUUAUAGCAUUUUGUUUUUGUUGCCUUUUUAUUUUCAAAUUCCGGAGGCUUCUGUGGUGAAAAUGGAGUUUUUGAAGGUAAGGAUGUUUUUUUAAAAUUCAGUGUUUCAAAAAAUCAAGAUUAAUUAGCUUAAGUUUCCACUUUGAUAUUGUCAUUUGUCAUGAAAUUUAAAAGUGAAUUUCACUUCGAUAUUGGAAUAAGUUGUUUUGUUACAGUACCUCCGCCCAAAUCCCUCUCAUUUUUCAGAUUCUUCCCUGCCCACACCCAGAUUAUUAUCUCAACUCGGUCUUCGUUUUCUCAUCUGAUAUUUCUACAGUAACAUUAUCAUCCGCAAUGUAUUUAUUUCUAAUUGCUUUUCAAUGUAUUUCAAUGAGUAUUCAUUGCAUUUAUUAUCUAAUUGGAUUAAAUAAGUUGAUGAUGUCAAAAACCACAAAAAUGUUGCAAAAAAAGUUUUUUUUGGACUUAAUUUGGCAAAUCUCAGUUCCUCUUGGAGCUGUAGUUCUUCCAAUGUCUUAUUGUUUUUAUUCUAUUUGGACUGAAUAUUAUAAUCAAUGUAAGAUUUUCACCUCGAAAGUUACACGAUCUAUUAAAAAUGUUAAUUUUUCAGUCUUCAAUAAUAUUGCAAUUAGUUUAAUUACACUUCAUGGUUUUUGGUCAACUCUUGUUUUGAUGUAUUUGAAUCCAAGAUAUCGAGAAUAUUUUCUAGUUGUUUGUUUUUUCAAAAAAGUUAGUCCAAAUAUUGCUGGAAGUGGCGCGUCUUUUUCGAUGAAUCCGUUUAGUAUUUCAAGAGUUGUUUGA